AUGGCAACGAGUCUCAGAACUUUCAAAGAACGGCUUCAACUUCUGAUGCCUACCGACGAUGGAGAAUGGCUGAAGGAGAUAAGAGGGAAUCUGGCCAUGGUAGCCACUAUGAUUGCGAGCAUGACCUUCCAAAUCGGUCUGAGUCCGCCCGGUGGAGUUGUCCAAAACAGCGACAACGGAUUCAUCGGGUGUCCAACACCGAGGGGGACAAAUCAAGCAUGUCCCGGACAAUCUGUUUUCGCUAAGGUGAACAGAAGCAACUACAAAGGUUAUCUUUGGACCAACAGCGUAUCUUUCUAUACAUCUAUAAUUUCAUGUAUAUGGCUAAUAAGCGGUGCUCCGGUCGGACCCGGUUUUCCAACGUUGUUGUUGUCAACCCUUAUGUGUGUCUCCCUCAGUCUUCUUGCCAUAUCCUACUCCUUUGGCGUUUCCAUUGUUAACCCACCCGACGAUGGUAUCUGCCACUAUUUCUUCAGCGUUUUCCUUUCUUUCUUUGCAGUUCUGGCGGUUCUUUUUUUAUACCGCUUUCUUACAUUGCAUCUGGCCACUAAGACCGUUAGUAGACAACAACGUAUGCAUGGUAACCAUGAGGACUAA